AAUUGUUGGUUCUGUCAGUGAGGCUGGAGAUAGGGGAAGGGAGGGGGUGGAACAGAAAAGGUAGCAGGCAAGACAGAGCCCUGGAGAGGAGCGCUGCCUCCCAAAAUGAUGAGCAUGCCGACACGGCUCUGUGUCCGGGACGCCCGCGGCUUCGCCCUCUCAGCUCCGAGAUCAGCCAGCGGGGACCUCGGGAAGAGGCGAGCAGAGCGGCCGCGGAGCUUCGAAGAGAUCCCGCACACCGGCAGCAGCGGCUGGGUUAACUUGCUCCAGUUCUGGAAGGAAGACCGCUUCCGAUCUCUGCACAAGCACAUGGAACAGACCUUCAACACGCUGGGGCCCAUUUACAGGGAACGGCUUGGCUCCCAGGAAAGCGUCAACAUCAUGCUGCCGGCAGACAUUGGCGAAAUGUUCCGUUCGGAGGGCCUGCACCCACGUCGCAUGACCCUGCAGCCGUGGGCGACGCACCGGGAGACUCGCAAACACAGCAAGGGCAUCUUCCUCAAGAACGGUGCAGAGUGGCGUGCCGACAGGCUCCUGCUGAACCGUGAGGUGAUGAUGAGUUCCUCUGUCCACCGCUUCCUGCCACUGCUGGACCAAGUGGCCCAGGACUUCUCCGCCCUGCUCAGGAGGAGGGUGGGCAACAGCAGCCGCAGUCUGACACUCGACCCCAGCCCGGACCUCUUCCGCUUUGCACUGGAAGCCAGCUGCCACGUCCUGUACGGGGAGAGGAUCGGCCUCUUCUCUUCCUCUCCCUCUCUAGAGUCCCAGCGCUUCAUCUGGGCUGUGGAGAGAAUGCUAGCCACUACCCAGCCCCUGCUCUAUCUCCCCUCGGGCCUUCUGCUUCGUCUGCACGCCCCCUUGUGGACAAAGCAUGCCACUGCCUGGGACCACAUUUUCAGCCAUGCUGAGGCCCGUAUCCAGAAGGGCUACCAGAGGCUCCAGUCCAGGAAGUCUUCUGGAGAGAGCGGGCAGUUGCCUGGAAACCAUGGUCAGAGCGGCGGAGUGCUGGGACAGUUAAUGGCGAGGGGGCAGCUGUCUUUGGAGCUCAUCAAGGCCAACAUCACGGAGCUGAUGGCCGGGGGAGUUGACACGACUGCCGUCCCCUUGCAGUUCGCCCUGUAUGAACUGGCCCGCAAUCCUGCUGUGCAGGAAACAGUCCGCAGGCAGGUGCGGGAGUCAUGGGCACAGGCGGGUGGUGAUCCCCUGAAAGCCCUGCAGGGGGCGCCAUUGCUCAAGGGCACCAUCAAGGAGACUCUCAGACUGUACCCAGUUGGCAUCACUGUGCAGCGCUACCCUGUCAAAGACAUUGUGCUGCAGAACUAUCACAUCCCUGCUGGGACGCUGGUGCAGGCCUGCCUGUACCCACUAGGCCGCAGCAAGGAGGUCUUCCAGGAUCCACACCUCUUUGAGCCGGCGCGGUGGCUGAAGCUGGCAUCGAGGGAUACAGGGGGAGCCAGAGAGGGGGACGUGGGUGUAGGAGUUGGGUUUCGCUCGCUUGCCUUCGGCUUUGGGGCCAGGCAGUGUGUGGGCAGGAGGAUCGCUGAAAAUGAGAUGCAACUGCUGCUGUUGCAUAUCCUGCUGAACUUCCAAUUAACUGUGCCCUCUUCUGCUGACAUCAGCACCAAAUACACCCUCAUCCUACAGCCGGAGACCCCCCCGAGCAUCACCUUUACCCUCCUUUGAUACCUGGAUAAUGUCCUCAUCACUCUGUUGUGAUCAGUGGGGUCAGGAAUGGGCAUGUGAUCUCACAUAGUGCCAUUAUUUCCGUCACUGAAUACCACAAGCAACAAACUCAUUCUGAUGUGGGUCUAAGACUUUGCUUUACAUAUUAACCCUAAACGAUAGAUAUUUCCUAUGUAUCUUAGAAAUCGCUUAAAAUAAAAAGUUUUGAUAAACGUA